UCCACACACCGAUGCAGCAGCAGCAGCAGGGCACAAAAGCUAACAAAGAGAUAUAGACAAAGCCACUCCUUUCUCUCUUUCACCACCGUGCCCCUCUCGAUCUCUUCUCUCUCGUCCUCGCUAAGCUAGCUAGCUAUAUAUGAUCCCCCCAUGCCCCCAAAGCCUUUCCACACACAAACACACAGCGAUAUACGCACCCUUGAAGCUUUCCACCCCGUAAAGCUAGCUAAGCCUUCCCUUGGCACCUCUAUCCCACUAAGGAGCAAAAAGAGAAGCGAGAGGGAAAGGAGACAAGGCCGGCGCCCCUGUGGUAGCGUUUGUGACCUUAGCUUAAUUGCUUGCUUGGCCAGGACUCCCUUAAAAGAAGCAAGCUCAUGGCACUGCUGGUCAAGAGCCACCACCAAAUGUUGGUCUCCUCCUCCACCUCCUCGUCGUCCCCUUCCGCGUCCCAGCAGCGGCAGCCACCGCCACCACCUCCCUCCUCCUCCUGCCUCACCGAGCAGCAGCCGUCCCCCGCCAAGCGCAAGAGGCGCCCUCCCGGCACUCCGGACCCCGAUGCGGAGGUGGUGGCGCUGUCGCCGCGGACGCUGCUGGAGUCGGACAGGUACGUGUGCGAGAUCUGCGGGCAGGGGUUCCAGCGCGAGCAGAACCUGCAGAUGCACCGGCGGCGCCACAAGGUGCCGUGGCGGCUCGUGAAGCGGGCGCCGCCGCCUCCUGCUGCUGCUGCUGGCGGCGGCGGCGGCGCCGCCGACGCUAAUAACAGCAGCGGCACAGGAGGUGGUGCAGGCGGCGGCGCGCCCCGGAAGCGCGUGUUCGUGUGCCCCGAGCCGAGCUGCCUCCACCACGACCCCGCCCACGCGCUGGGCGACCUGGUGGGCAUCAAGAAGCACUUCCGGCGCAAGCACGGCGGGCGGCGGCAGUGGGUGUGCGCCCGCUGCGCCAAGGGCUACGCCGUGCAGUCCGACUACAAGGCCCACCUCAAGACCUGCGGCACCCGCGGCCACUCCUGCGACUGCGGCCGCGUCUUCUCACGGGUGGAGAGCUUCAUCGAGCACCAGGACGCGUGCAACUCCAGCCGGAUGCGCGGCGAGGCGGUGGUGGUGGCCGUGCCCGUGCCCGUGCCGCCGCCGUCGGCGCUCCCGGUCAUCCGUCCCGCCGUCCCGCGGCAUCCGCCCACGGUGGCAGUAGCACCGCCGCCGCCGCCGGAGCUCCAGCUCCUCCCCGCCUCCGCGGCGGCAUCAGCGCCGCGGACUAGUAGCGCCACGACGACCGCCUCUCCGUCCACCACCACAACCGCGUCCCACCACCAAGCAGAACCCCACGCGGCGACGACGACGAAGCUGCAGCUCUCCAUCGGCCCCAUCGUCACGGCUGCGGCGGCGGCGGCCGUCGACUGCGGCGAGGACGAGUCCGAGGCGGAGGAGCUGCGGCGCGCGGUGGAGGAGAAGGCCGCGGCGGACGCGGCGCGGGAGCGGGCGCGCGGGGAGGCCGCGGCGGCGGAGCGCGCGCUGGACGAGGCCCGCCGCGCCAGGCAGCGUGCCCGGGCCGACCUCGAGAAGGCGUGCGCGCUGCGGGACCACGCCGCUCGCCUGCUCGGGCAGGUCACCUGCCACGCGUGCCGCCACCGCUCGCUCGCCGUCGCCGUGGUCAGGGGUGCCGCCGAGGGCCACGCCGCCGGCCCCGCGGUGGCCUGCGACUCCAUCAGGGGAGGAGGCUUAGGAGCAGGCAUCUAGCUAGCUCCACCACUCGUGCAUGCCAUUGCCAUGCAUAGUUCAUGUGUGUAGAUCAAGCUAAGCUAAUUCGUAGGCCGGACUUGUGCAUAGUGUCGUGUGGCGAUUACUGCUUGCAACCACGCACCCACUUUGGUUUCUAGGGUGCUACAACUUGCAACUUUGGCCUGGUAAAGGUAUGGUGAAUGAGAUCAUGCACGUUAAAAACGGAGUGUGUAUUGGAUAUGUUCUCACACUUGGUAAGGGAAUGAAUCUAAAACACUCGGUAAAGGUACAGAAGUAGGUAUUGACUUUCUUAAGUAUUUGUCCUUUGAUUUUCCUCUAGUGGUAUUGCAUAUGUUUAAUAUGUAAGAGGGAGUAAUGUUAGUGUGUUACAUUUUUCUGGUUUCA